AGUUCACUGAUAUACUGAUAUGUUUCUAGGUUGAGUGGCUGUAACCUCACAGAGAGAAGCUGUGAAGCUCUUUCCUCAAUUCUAAGUUCCCAGUCCUCCAGACUGAGAGAGCUGGACAUGAGUAACAACAACCUUCAGGACUCAGGAGUGAAGCUGCUUUGUGUUGGACUUGGGAGUCCACAGUGUGCGCUGGAAACUCUCAGGCUGUCAGGCUGUCAGAUCACAGGAACAGGCUUCACCUCUCUGGCCACAGCUCUGCUCUCCAAUCCCUCCUAUUUGAAAGAGUUGGACUUGAGCUAUAAUCACCCAGCAGACUCCGGAUUGAAGCUUUUGUCUGCUCAAAAAGAGGAUCCACAUGUGAAACUGGACAUACUCUGUGUGGAGCCUCAAGGAGACCAGUGGAUGAGACCAGGUCUAAGAAAAUAUUUCUGUGAUCUGACGCUGGAUCCAACCACAGCACACAGGAACCUCAAACUGUCUGAUGACAAGAAGGAGGUGACACACGUGAAAGAAGACCAGCUGUAUCCUGAUCAUGAUCAUAGGUUUGAUAAGUGGCCUCAGCUGCUGUGUACCAACAGUCUGAGUGGUCGCUGUUACUGGGAGGUUGAGUGGAGAGGAGAGGUUCAUGUUGCUGUAGCUUACGGAGGAAUCAGAAGGAAAGGAGAAGAGGAUGAAAGCAGGUUUGGAAGGACUUACCAAUCCUGGAGUCUCUACUGUCGUGAUCAUAUAGGUUACUAUGGAAAUCAUGAUUACAUUGGAAGAGCUAUUCCUCUUCUCCCCUCAGCUGUUUCUCACAAAGUAGCAGUGUAUGUGGACUGUUCUGCAGGAACUGUGUCCUUUUACAGUGUCUCCUCUGACAAACUGAUCCACCUGCACACCUUCAACACCACCUUCACUGAACCUGUAUAUGCUGGGUUUAGAGUGAAGCCUGACUCUAGUAUCCACCUCUGUGCUGACUCAGAAUAAUGGACGUACUGUGGUGUUUCAUACUUUUUCUCACUUAGCUAUUGUAAAUGUUAAAUAUAUCAGAUAAAUUGUCUCAUACAUUGUACAUAUAUUAGUUUUUUCUCCUGAAAAAAUGUCUGUUUUCAUCUUAUUUUCUGAGGUGCCUAUUUUUCAAGAGCAGUUAUCAGUUUCUACUAAUAUGUUACAGUUUAAAUAUCCACUUUGCUUUAAAAUCUGUUGCAUCAUAAUCAAACACUGUAUUUGUUCCAUUAUACACAUUUUAAUCAUGUUUAGCCUGAUGGAAGAAAUCUUUGCAACAGAAAAUUAAGACAUUUUAGAAGUUGUUGGGCUUUGUGAGGAGGAGAGCUGCAGGCUUUAAAUAUUUUGAGUUUGGGCUUCUUUAAAUUUUUACAUUCCAUAACUAUACAUUUGUGUUUCUCUCUUUUGUUGUGCAAAUUCAGUAACAAUUCACUACAAGUAAUUCCUGGGAAAAGGCAAUAUAACCACCAUGUGACCAUUUUUCUCAACAGUUGAUCCAGAUGGUUCUGGAUUCAUAAGCACUUUAUUCAUCUGUGUCGAUUCAAAUGUAGCUUCAGACACUUAUAAAUAAUAUAAGUGCAGUUUAUCGAGGUUGUACCUGGAAGCUUUGGAGACGUCUCUCUUCAUUUCAUAUUCAGUAAAAAAAGUCUGACUUAUAGAUGACCUCCAGUCUGUGUUUCUUGACUGAUCUAAGGAAAGCGUCUGGAGAAGUCCAGACACUUUCCUUUCCAAGCUCUUUAGACUACGAUGACCUGGAUGACUGAGAACCUUCACAGACAUAUUUCUCGACUGAUCAGAAACAAUCUCAGAGAUGGAUUUUUUUUUUUUUGGAAGGGGGCGGGGGGUCUAUGUAUAAAAAUACAAUCCUGAAUUGUAACAGAAAAGGGAAGGUGAAGAAAAAAGGAAUAAGAUGUAAACAGUGGGAUUUUUUUCUUGUUGACUUGUUGCACAUGAACAUGGGAGUGUUUGUGAUGGUUUGUCAGAAGCCUAGCAGCAGCAUUCUGAACACCCUGCAGUCGUUCCAGGGAGGCAUACUUAAGCAAGUAAACAAGGAAUUACAAUAGUCUAAGUGGGAUGAAACAAAUGCAUGAAUAAUCAUUUCCAAUUCGGAACGUGACACAAUGGGACUCAGCAAUAUUUCUUAAAUGGUAAAAACAAGAGCGAACCAAAGAUUUAACGUGUGUGUCCAGCGUCAGAGCUGGAUCAAAUGUAACACCAAGGUUCCUAAUGGAUGAUUUAAUAUAAGAAGCAAGAGGGCCUAGAUUUUUAACCACGAGGGGAACAAAUUUCUCAGGAGCAAAGACAAUGAUUUCCGUUUUAUCAGCAUUUAGUUGAAGGUAAUUACCAGCCAGCCAAUCUCUAACGGAAUCUAAGCAGGACUGCAAGAUUUGGAGCUUAGAAACAUCAGGUGGCCUAAAAGAGAUAUAUAGCUGAAUAUCAUCUGCAUAACAAUGAUAUGAAAUAUCAGAGAAAGAGCCAAGAAGUUGCAGAAGAGGGAGUAAAUACAACAAAAACAAUAAUGGUCCCAAGACAGAGCCCUGAGGCACCCCAUAGGCAAGAGAGCUGACGGAGGACCUGAACUUAGAGGUAGCCACAGAGAAAGGGUUGCAAAACCUCACAGUCAUCACACAGUGCUGGGAUCUCCACACUGAGGAGCUCCACCCUUUUACUGACUGCAUCAGUAGCUCGAUGACAUGCUCUGUGGCACUGAAGCACCACCAUCCUGCCUGGAGGGAAGAUGACCUUCACCUCUCCCCCAAUACUCUCCACAUGACCCCACAGCAGGGAAGGAAAUAAGAAAAAGAGGGCACCUGAUGUGGUAACUAGGACAUCAAGUCUUGGUAAACUUUUUAGCCUGGAGGCUUGGACUCAGCAUUAGACUCUGUUAUUGUUAUUUAUCAUACUUGCUUGGUAUAUUUACAGUUAAACCUCAGGUAGUUUAAGUAUUUAUACUAAAAAAUCUCCAUUUUUCUGUGAGAUUUAAUUUCAGUCUUUGUAAAUGACAGAGCACUAAAUGUCAGGGUUUAAGGAUUCUUUAGACUUCACUCCUUUUUUAUGAACUUUUCCCAUUUUUUGGGUGGUGUGGACUAAAAAAAUGUGAUUUUCUGGUGUCUUCGUAUGUUUGACGCUCUUUUUAGACACUGCACUGUCUCCAGGUUUGAUGCGGAGGGUUUGAUGGUUCCUGAUGAUAGAAGAGCACUGAUGUGAAAUAAUUUAAGUGUCCCACCAUGCCCAGGCUGUGGUGGUGGAAGUGUAUGGAGGUAUACAGUCUGUCACAUUACCCUGCCACUACUCUAAUCAUAUACCAGAAGAACCCACAGUGAUGUGGAGUCGCAUCGAUCUCAAUCCCAACUUUGUCCACAAACAAAAAGAAAAAGAUGAUCUUAAAGGGCAAAACCAGCAUUACAGCAGACGCACACUUAUGAGGUCAGCUGCUUUGGACACUGGAGACUUCAGCCUCACUCUGAGAAAACCAACAGAGCCUGACACUGGCAAGUACACCUGCACCAUCAGUGAUGGGAGAGAACUACUAAUACUGGGAGAUGUACAGCUGCUGGUAAAAGGCUCCACUGAAGCCUCCUCCUCCACCACCUGCGUCUAAACUCCGGGGGAUCCUUCCCUAAUCCCUACCACUGCUGGGAAUAUGUUCUGUUGCGACGGACCUUCUGAAUCUAAUCACCAAAUACUUUAAUUGAAUUCUGUAUAUCAAUAAAUCAUAUUCAGUUCUUUCUAAUGAUCUCUCCUUACUGACAUUUAACAUGCUGAGAAACACUGUGGUAAAUGGGUUAGAUGGGUUGUCAGGUGGUUCAGGUAUGUGGAUGUGGUGAAAAUCAAAUCUCAGGACUACAAUUCACUGAUCACAUUAACUCGGUGGACCGACACAUCAAAUUCACCAGGGAGGAUAUGAAAAGUGGCAGGUUAGCCUUCUUAGACUGUAAGAUUUCUAUCAGUAAUGGGGGAUAUUUAAAAGUUGAUGUGUACAUUAUCUUGUUCUGACUACUUCAGACAAUCAAUCACCCUCUUCCCAUCACCACUUCCUGAUGAAUUCCCUGCCUUUCUGGGGGGGCUUAUAUUUCACUAAUCUAAAAUGCAUAUCCACUUAAUUAUGGAUUAUUAUAAAUAUGAUAAAAAAAAUAUGAAGAAACAGAUUAUAUUAGAUUUAUAUUUCAAGUAUGACAAAUUGCUGAUUUUACAGCAGCAAAUGUAUUUUAUCUCUACAGUUUAAACAUUUAAUAAACAUUAUGCCUGCACAGAGUGGAUAGUCAAACAAAUGGAAUCAUCAUAAAUACAUUAUUUUAUAUUUAUUACUAUGUUUUAUUCUCAUUAUUUUACUAUUAUAGCAUUAGGAAUAAAUAAUAAGGAAAGGAUUCUGGAUCAGUGCUAUGAUGCAAACUUUGCAAGUUGUAUUUACAGAUUUCUGGAGAAGAUAUAAAAUGUCAUUAUAUCUCUGUGUGUGUUUUAUGCACAUAGAUUUUUUUUUGUUA